AUGGUGGACUACAAGCUGAGCCAGUCGAUCCUUGUGAGUGGGGAGAGCGGUGCAGGCAAGACAGAGACCACGAAGCUGCUCAUGCAGUACCUGGCGUACAUGGGAGGGCGCGCCACAGAGGGCCGAUCCGUGGAGGCUCAAGUGCUAGAGUCAAAUCCGCUGCUUGAAGCGUUUGGGAAUGCGAAGACUGUCAGAAACAACAACUCCAGCCGCUUUGGCAAGUUCGUUGAGAUUCAGUUCGAUGAAUCUGGACGCAUAUCGGGAGCAGCUGUGCGCACGUACCUGCUGGAGAGGUCCCGAGUGGUGCAGAUCUCAGAUCCUGAGCGCAACUACCACUGCUUCUACCAGCUCUGCUCGGGUGCUUCCCCUGAGGAGGUGGAGAGGCUGAAGCUGGCGCCAGCAGAGACGUUCCACUACCUCAACCAGAGCAACUGCUUCGAGCUGCCUGGCAAGGAGACGAACGCGGAUGAGUACAUCAAGACUCGGCGCGCCAUGGACGUGGUUGGGCUCAGCCCUGAGGAACAGGACUCGAUAUUCCAGGUCGUAGCGGCUAUCCUGCAUCUGGGCAACAUCACGUUUGCACCCGGCAAGCAGCCCGACUCGUCUAAGGUGUCGGGCGACAAGUCCAAGUACCACCUGGAGGCUUCUGCCUCGCUUCUCAGGGUGGACAAGAAGCAGCUAAGGGAGUCGCUCAUCUCCCGCACACUGGUGACGCGCGACGGCAACAUCAAGAAGGAGCUCGACCCAACAGCAGCAGUAAUCAGCCGAGACACCCUCGCCAAGACCAUCUAUGCUCGGCUGUUCGACUGGCUGGUGGACAAGGUAAACAAGUCUAUCGGCCAGGAUCCCAACGCCAAGACCAUCAUCGGUGUGCUUGAUAUUUAUGGCUUCGAGACCUUCCAGUGCAACAGCUUUGAGCAGUUCUGCAUCAACCUUGCCAACGAGAAGCUCCAGCAGCACUUCAACCACCACGUGUUCAAGGCGGAGCAGGAGGAGUAUGAGAAGGAGGAGAUCAACUGGAGCUACAUCGAGUUUGUGGACAACCAGGACGUGCUGGAGCUCAUAGAGAAGAUGAAGCUGUUCGGGAGCUACAUCGAGGCUGUGGACAACCAGGACGUGCUGGAACUUAUAGAGAAGAAGCCAAUGGGGAUCAUCUCACUCCUCGACGAGCAAUGCAUGUUUCCCAAGUCGAACCAUGAGACAUUUGCCACGAAGCUGUACCAGACAGUGGGCACCCACCCGCGCUUUGAGAAGCCCAAGCUCUCUCAGACCGACUUUACCAUCGACCACUACGCUGGCAAGGUCACGUAUCAAACAGACCUAUUCUUGGAGAAGAACAAGGACUAUGUAGUGAUGGAGCACCAGACGGUGCUGUCAGAGUCCAAGGACCCCUUCGUUGCUGGCCUCUUCCCGGUCCCCGCGGGUGACAAGGCCAAGACCAAGUUCACCUCGCUGGGUUCCAGCUUCAAGCAACAACUGGCAGAGCUCAUGGCCACUCUGAACCAGACUCAACCGAACUACAUUCGUUGUGUGAAGCCCAACGGCAAGUACCAGCCGCAGCUGUUUGAGAACAUCAACGUGAUUCACCAGCUCAGAUGCGGGGGUGUGCUGGAGGCCAUUCGCAUCAGCUGUGCGGGCUAUCCCACGCGUCGCACAUUUGACGAGUUCCUUGACCGCUUCUCCUUCUUGGACCCUGAGGCCUGUGAUGGCAGUCAGGAUGACAAGACAGCAAUCACGACUCUCUUGGACAAGCUUGGCUUCUCUAACUACCAGGUGGGCAAGACGCAGGUGUUUCUGAGAGCAGGCCAGAUGGCGGAUCUGGAUGCCAUGAGGGCGGAGAAGCUGGGGGAGGCCGCCAAGGUCAUCCAAAGGGCGUUCAAGGCGUGGAUGCAGUGGCGAGUGUUCCAACGCCUGCGUGCAGGGGUGCUGCGAGUGCAGGCGCUGUGGCGAGGUGAGAUUGGGACAGGCAUGGAAGGGUGUGAUGGGGGCACUAGAAGAGCCUGUGAAGGGGAAAGGGGUGGUGAAGGUCAUCCAGAGGGCGUUCAAGGCGUGGAUGCAGCGACACAUGUUCCAACGCCUUCGCGCUGGGGUGCUGCGAGUGCAGGCGCUGUGGCGAGCAAGUACCGGCGGGCACAGCAGGCAGCCGUGGUGCUGCAGGCAGGGCAGUGCGACGGCAAACAAUUUCCUUCCUACCUCCUCCUAUCUCAACCCCCCGCCCUAUCUCCUACCAUCCCCCCCCCACGAGGUCAUAAAGCCCGCCUGGAGUAUGAGAGUAUCAGGAGGAAUGUGGCAGCAGUGCGCGUGCAGAAGCAGGUGCAGCGGUUUGUGGCUCAGCGCAAGUACUGGCGGGCACGCCAGGCAGCGGGGGUGCUGCAGGCAGGGGCGAGAGGGAGAAAGAGAGGCAGCAAACCAUUUCCUUGCUUCCCUUUCCCCCAUUUCCCCAACCUCCUCUCUAUCUCCCUCCACCUCCCUCCCAUAUCAGGCCACAAGGCUCGUUUGCAGUACGAGAGCAUCAGGAGGAACGCAGCAGCCGUGCGCGUGCAGAAGCACGUGCGGCGGUUUGUGGCUCAGAGCAAGUACCGGCGCACACGGCAGGCAGCAGUGGUGCUGCAGGCAGGGGCGAGGGGCAUGGCUGCUCGCAAGGAGGCGAGGCAGAGACGGGAGAACAGGGCUGCUGUCAAGAUUCAGAGCAAGUGGAGAGGGCAUGUGCAGCAGCAGGAGUAUGGGAGGAGGAAGAAGAGCGCUUUGGUGCUGCAGUCGGCAUGGAGGGGCAGGGCUGCCCGCCUGGAGCUCAAGAAGCUCAAGCACGACGCCAAGCAAACGGGGGCACUACAAGAGGCAAAGACGAAGCUGGAGAAGCAGUGCGAGGAACUCACAUGGCGGUUGCAGCUGGAGAAACGAAUGCGGCUGGAUGUGGAGGAGGCGAAGACAGCAGAGAUCCAGAAGCUGCAGCAGGAACUGGAGGGAGCAAUGAAGAAGGUGGACGAGGCACACGCAGAGGCCGUAGCAGCAAAGGCGGAGACUCAAGCAGCCAAGGCAGAGACCGAGAGGCUCUCUCUCGAACUGGCAACAGCAGCACAGACAGCACAAAUCGCAUCCCAGUCCCUCGACUCUGCUAGCAUAUCUGCUGCUGCUGCUGCUACUCCUGGUUCUGCCGCAAGGGUUUGUCUUUCCGCCUCUGCCUCUGCCGCACCCACUGCUGCCGCGGUCGCAGCAGCAGCAGUUGCCGGCUCCUCCCCCCCCCCCCGCUCCUCCUCCACCCCAAGCUCCCCUUUCAUCACCCCGCAAAAAUCCUCCCUCCCUGCCGCCGCCCCCGCCAACGCCACCUCAACCCCCGCCUCCUCCGGGUCGUUCAACCUGGGAAGCGCGGCGUUGAAUGCGGUGCAGUCCGAUGGAGGGGGGUUUGCAGCGGCGAGCAGCAGGGAGCUGGCGUUGGAGAAUGUGCGGCUGAAGGCGCUGCUGGCGGAGAGUGAUGAGCGGCUGGCACAGGUGGAGGCGGAGGUGAGGGAGGAGAUUGGGAAGAGGGAGCGGAUGCUGGAGGAGACGCAGGAGGAGCUCAGGAAAGUGCAGGAGCUGUGCGCACGGUUGGAAGAGCAGGUGAAGAACGCGGAGCAGGAGAACCAGGUGCUGCGUCAGCAGGCCCUGUCAGCAGCCAUGCCAGCCAAGCCAGGGCUGCCACGUGGCCCUCUGCCUGCCUCGCUGUACACACGUCAGCAGCUGGAGGGCGGCCUGCCGUCGCCCACCACCCCGCGCUCCCAGAUGCUGCACCCGCCAGAGUCCCCUCAGGGCACCCCUGCCACGCCUAGUGAGGUGGAGAGCAAACGGCUGAAGCAUCUGAACGACAGACAGACGCAAGACCAGGAGGCUCUAUUAAAGGUGAUAGUGAGCGAACUCGGGUUUGACGGAAGCCAGCCGGUGGUGGCGUGUGUGACGUACAAGGCGCUGCUGCACUGGCGGUCGUUUGAGGCGGAGCGCACGAGCGUCUUUGACCGCAUCAUCCAGACCAUCGGCGGCGCCAUAGAGAACCAGCAGAGCAACGAGAAGCUGGCUUAUUGGCUGGCGAACACCAGCUGCCUGCUGUUCCUGCUGCAGCGCACUCUCAAGGCGAGCGGAGGGGCGCCGGGGUCGCAGGCUCAGAGGAGGCGAGGCGGGGUGCAGCAGACCACCCUAUUUGGACGCAUGACCCAGAGCUUCCGAGGUUCCCCCACGACACCCACGGGGGUGGUGGGGGCGAGCGGGGGCCUGGAGCACAUCCCUCAGGUGGAGGCCAAGUACCCGGCGCUGCUGUUCAAGCAGCAGCUGACGGCUUAUGUGGAGAAGAUUUAUGGGAUGAUUCGAGAUAACCUCAAGAAGGAGAUUUCGCCCACCCUCGCUCAGUGCAUUCAGGCACCGCGCAUCUCUCGGGCGGCGUACGGGCGGCACUCAUCCCACAGGGGGGCUCCAGUAGCCACAGCCACACACGCGCUGAGCUCACACUGGGGCAGCAUCAUCGCCACGCUCACCACGCUGCUUACAACGCUCAAAGCCUCCCACGUGCCCUCUUUCCUUGUGCGGAAGUUGGUCACGCAGAUCUUCUCCUUUAUCAACGUUCAGCUAUUCAACAGUCUGCUGCUGCGUCGUGAGUGCUGCUCCUUCAGCAACGGAGAGUACGUGAAGGCGGGGCUGGGCGAGUUGGACCACUGGCUGCACGAGGCAACCCACGAGUACACGGGUAACGCGUGGGAGGAGCUCAAAUAUAUCCGCCAGGCUGUCGGCUUCCUGGUGAUUCACCAGAAGCCCAAGAAGAGCAUGCAGGAGAUCACAUCAGACCUCUGCCCGGCGCUGAGCAUACAGCAGCUGUACCGCAUCAGCACCAUGUACUGGGACGACAAGUACGGCACUCACACCGUCUCCUCUGAAGUCAUUUCCGAGAUGCGGCGGCGCAUGAGCGACGAGAACAGCGCGUCUGUCAGCAACUCGUUCCUGCUGGACGAUGACUCCAGCAUCCCAUUCUCUGUGGAGGACAUAUCAAAGAGCACUCACGAAAUUGACCUGCGGUCGCUGCAGCUGCCACCAGCCAUUCGAGACAACAGCACUUUCCAGUUCCUCCUCACUCAUUAG